GCGCCAUGUCUCACCCAAGAUUCAACCCCAGUGCCGUCUUGCCCAAGUCCAUCCUCAAGAAGAUCAAUGGGCCUGCUGCCGACACCGCUCCCGCUCACGCUCCUGCUCACGCUCCUGCUCGCGCUCCUGCUCGCGCUCCUCCUCGUUCCGCCACCGCCCUCGCUCCAGAUCCCCGCGAGCAGCGGAACCGCGAAAUAGCCCUCUACCAUGCCAACCUCAUCCAGCAACAGAAGGACACUGAAGCACGGAUCCUCGAUGCAAUCAUCCAGCUUCUUGACUUUCCGUCAUCCCCAGAUGCCGACCCCGCGCGCCCAUCCGACGCUGACGCCUCGCAGUUCCUCUCUCUCAUCACAGACUUUCAGCCAUCGGACUAUGAUUCGCUGAUCGAAGAACGGAAGUGCGCAGACCUGUGUGCUUACGCCCUGUGUCCAAAGCCGCCAUACGUCAACCCCAAAGGUGGCAAAAAGAAGUUCAUCAUUGGAAAGGGCAACAACUUGACGAUCCUACCUCGAGAAAAGGUCGAGCUAUGGUGUUCCGAGGACUGCGCUCGACGGGCCCUGUACGUCAAAGUCCAACUUAACGAAGAGCCGGCUUGGCUCAGAAGAGGAGGCGUGAUCGAUCCACUCGAGCUUUUGGCAGAAAAGCCCACCUCUACACCCGAAGCCGAAAGCACUCGCCAUGUCGAAAACUUGCACAAAGCCAUGGCAAAUCUGGCACUGGAAAGAGGCGAAGGGAAAAUCUCCUCGAAAUCCGUUGGGCUAGUGAAAGACACCAUCAUUGAAAAAGAGGAUGUGGCGCCUGCUCCAGCACCAUCGGCAGGAGACCUCGCCAAGUCACUUGCGCAUAUGGACAUAGAAGGCUAUGAACCACAUACAGACACGGCAGGUAAUUUGGUGGAGAGGGAUGCUGACGGAGAUUGGGUCUUGUGAGGGAGCCCGAUCUACCCAGAAUGACACUGUCCCCCGAUAUUCGAUAUUAUCUGGUAUCUUGACUAGAAAUCAUUACGAAUGAUUUUUAGUGUAGUGUGCUUGAGAAGCGACUAUCAUUUCUGCAUCAAUUCUAUGUCAAGUGCAUUACAUAUGGUAGGGCCUUCCCCUUACUCCAGUGUACCAUAUAUUGUAUGGCGUUCAGUAAGCAGGUUGCCUAGGGAACAUGAGAUGUGGACUGCUACUUGUCGAAGGUGGAAAUGCGUACAGGGAGGGGGGCAGACGGAAGCCAAAUAACUACCUAG